CCCUUGAAGCGUCCAAUACUACCGUAUGCUCCCUUCUUUAAAACAACCGGACAAAAUACACAGCGGUCCAGCCUAUUUGAAACUUUGAAAUCUCCCUUCCCUCCCACCUCCUCCUCUCCAUGCUGCCUCCAUUGCAAGAUACAUAGAAAGCUAGCCACUUAGCCAGCCAUGGGUUGCGUCUCCUCCACCUUCCUCGAAGACGAGGACCGCAUCGUCGGCGGCCCUACCAUCGGCCACCACAUCGUCUCCCUCACCUCCACCACCUACGGCCACCUCACCACCCUCGACCAACCUCCUCCCCAAACCCCUCCACCACCACCACCACCACCACCUCCUCCACCGCCGUCUCCCCCCUCCUUCACCCGCCGCUUCCUCCCCAUCCCCCGCUCCGAGCCUGAGGUCAUCAACUCCUGGGAGCUCAUGGCCGGCCUCGACCCCACCACACCCACCAAGCCCACCCUCCCCCCCUCCCCAAGUCCGUGCAAGGAGAACUCCCACCGGUCCCUCCCUUUCUCCGAUCCACAGCGGAAGGGAAACGUCCUCCGGCCGCUCAACGCCGGCCAGCGGCCGGUGAGGUACUCGCUGGAGAUGUUCGAGAAGAGGUGCCCGCCGGGCGGGGCGCAGGUGGCGGUGCUGUACACGACGACGCUGCGCGGGGUGCGGAAGACGUUUGAGGACUGCAACGCGGUGCGUGCGGCUCUGGAGGAGCUCGGGGUGUGGGUCCGGGAGCGGGACGUGUCGAUGGACAUGGGAUUCCGGGAGGAGCUCCGGGAGCUGACGAAGGGGUGUGGAGUUCAGGGGCCGGCGGUGCCGAGGCUGUUUGUGAAGGGGAGGGACAUCGGCGGGGCGGAGGCGGUGCUGAGAAUCCAUGAGGAAGGCGGGCUGGCGGGUUUGCUGACGGGGCUGCCGAUGGCGCCUCGCGGCGGGGUCUGCGACGGAUGCGGCGGGGUGAGGUUUCUACCGUGCUUCCAGUGCCGCGGAAGCCGGAAGGUGGUGGUGGUGGCGGUGGCGGCGGCGGAGAAGGAGGAGGAGGAGAAGGAAGGGGUGCAGGGUGGUGGAGGGAACCCUGGGAAGGGGAAGGUUGUGAGAUGUACUGAGUGUAAUGAGAACGGUUUGGUGCUCUGCCCCAUCUGCUACUGAUUUUUUUCUUCUUUUUUUUAUACCUUUUUUUUCGAAUUUUGUCAGGUUUUGGGAAAGGAAUAUAAUAAUGGAGAAUGUGAAUGAGCCGAUGACUCUCUUUUUUA